AUGCAAAGCGAGAACAGAGAUGGGGAGAGCCAUAGGUGGAAGCUGCAGAUUGCCGAGUUUCCAGGACUCCGAAUCCGUGCCCGUUGGCCUCAGCCCGGGUCUAGGAGCAGACUGGUUGCAGGGGAGGCGGCCCCCGAGCUAGGAUCCAUCGUGGGGCAGCCUGGCCGUGGAAAUCCCGGUAGGAGAGGUGAAGAGGACGCAGAUGCUCCGGCGCUACCACGGAUCCCACAGCUUCUGCAAACUUCUCGCCCAGUCCGAGCGUCCUCUCCGCCCAGUUCUCAGAGGCGGCCGCGCAGUAGGUACCGCGCAAGGGAGGGUGGCCUCCCCCACCGGGGAAGGGCCAGCUUUCGGGCGCAGACUCCGGGAUGGAGCCGGAGGCCACGGGCGCGCGGUCGGACUCCGGGCGCCGCCGACCCUCGGCUCCUCGGCCCCCGGCAGGCGGGGCCCGGGCCUUCCGCCCCCGAGCGGAACGCCGCGUCUGCGGCGCCACGCCCUCGGACACCACCCUGCAGCGGGGCGGGCGCCGGGCCGCCCCCAGCCGGGAACCGCCGGCUAGACUCCCGGAUCCUGCGCGCCCGGCCCGGCUUUCGGUCCAGGCCUCCCCCACCUCCUCCACGUCCCUUCUUCUGUCUCCUUCCCCCAACCCGCCGGACUGGGACGCUCGCCUGGCAGGAAGCGGCCCCUACGGGCUCCCGAGCGCCCCCCCCCACCCCCGGUAAGUUGCUCAGCUGCGCCAAAUGUGCGCCCCCCGCCCGCGGGGGCCCCGGGUGCGGGUCGGCACGCGCCUCCGGCGAUAUGUGGCCUGAGGCACUCCUGAAUUCUGCCUGGCCGGUCCGGCGCUUCUCUCUGCACCUCUGCCCUGCUCAGCCCCUCUCUAAACUUUACGGUCCAGAGGGCGAGAACCCCCGACCCCCGCUGCCAGUGGUCCAGCUCCCUCUCCAUCCUUCCAGACCGGUCCACCCGUCGCACAGCCUUUGUCCUGUUGUUUCCAGGUUGGGUCGCCCCUCUCCCCAGUGCACUGUCUUCCUGCUUCCCACCCCCCAAGAGAAACCUUUGCCCUUCCUGAUGUUCUGUCUGCCCCCGUACAGGUGA